CUUUUAUUUUGAAAAUCUCAGAAAUUCCGUGACCCAGAAGUACUUUAUAAGUGUUUCUGAGGAGACGCUAAUUGGUACGCUGUUUUUUGUUGUUGUUAGCUACUAGGAGCUUCCUUCCUUGAUGAAUUUGGAGACUCGUCUUGCUAAUGUUUUUGUAAUGCCAAAACAAUUGUGCAAAAAAUUAUAAGGCGCCGAUAUACGGAACUUUUGGUUCAGAGCAAGCAACUGGAUAUCAGCUCUGUACCUUUUUUUUUUUUUUGUAACGGCAGCUAGGUAGGAAGGAUCAUUCAUUCAGUGUGACAAGUAGCAUGGCGUCCAGUGGCGGUUCAACAACAACUGUCGGAGAUAUUGAGGAGGACGCUUCUCAGCUACUUUUCCCCAAAGGUUCGUAUCCAACUUAUUUAUGUUAACUAGAUUGAAUAUUACGAUUCACUUAAUUCACUUAAAACCCACCCCUCCCCUGUGUUCUUCAGAGUUCGAGAACGCGGAGACACUUCUAAACUCUGAGGUACACAUGCUUCUGGAGCAUCGCAAGCAGCAGAACGAGAGUGCAGAGGACGAACAAGAGCUAUCGGAGGUCUUCAUGAAAACUCUGAAUUAUACUGCACGUUUCAGCCGGUUCAAAAACAGAGAAACUAUCGCAAGUGUUCGCAGGUCAGUGUAACUGUUGUCACUAUCACAACCAAAAACAAACGUCAAUACCUUAUAAAAGUAUAUGUACAUUUAUAUGGUGGUGAAUGUGUUUAUUAACUUUUCGUGAUGACUGCAAUUAUUGUCCUGUAUCCCACAGCUUGCUCUUGCAGAAGAAGCUGCAUAAGUUUGAGCUGGCCAGUUUGGCCAACCUUUGUCCAGAAGCAGCGGAGGAGGCCAAAGCCCUCAUCCCUAGGUAAGACCUGCUGUUACUGUCUCCUCACUUAUCACCACCCUCUAAACCAGGGGUUCCCAAACUGCGGGGAGGGGGGGUGGGGUGUCGUCAGUCUGGCUUUCAACAUACUCUAGAAAGUUGUAAUGGUAGAAUGCACAAGGUGCAAUUUCGAAAUUGGGUAGUGUAUCAUCAGUUUUCCUCUUGUCAUGUCAGUCAUUGCAUACCUUAAAGAGCUAUUUUAUAACUUGUCAAAAAUGUCCAGAUCAACUAGCCCAUGUCAGUUAAUGUUUUUUAUCUAAGUUUUUUAGCCUGAAGAUUUUGUUGAAAUGUUUGAGUCACUGAAAUAUCACAUAAACACAUAUUAGACAUGGCAAAAUGUAUAGAAUUGCAAGAAAAUUUGCUUUAAAACUGCAACAUUUUCUCUGCACCCCAUGACAAAAUGUGUAGAAUUGCAGAAAAUAAGCUUUAAACCUGCAACAUGUUCUCUCCGCCAACAAGAGGGGUGUGAACAGUUUGUGUCAUGAACAGUGCUUGUGCCCAUAGAAAUAGACGUGGAGCUUACGCAGGGGGGCGCUGGAUGUCCCCAAUGCUGGAAGGAGGGCCUGAGUGAAAAAGUGUAGGAACCCCUGCUCUAACCCAGACUCUAAACCUGGUCUCUAGUUGGGUAGCAGUCGGCUCUUGACCAGGAAAUCAGGCGUAAAAGUUUGGUAUAAAUUUAGUGACAGUAGUUGUGCUGUUUUGUUCUGAAGCCUGUUUUCUUCUGUCUGCAGUCUGGAGGGGCGGUUCGAGGAUGAAGAGCUGCAGCAAAUCCUUGAUGACAUUCAGACCAAGAGAAGUUUCCAGUACUAAGGACAAUUCCUCCUCAUCUGGCCUAUUCUAACCUAAACCCAUCGUUAUAAUGUCAGAAUAUACCCACCCAGAAGGACACAGUGCUUCCCAAAUGACACCCUAUUCCCUAUAUACACUACCGUUCAAAAGAUUGGGGUCACUUAGAAAUGUCCUUGUUUUCCAUGAAAACAUACAUGAAAUGAGUUAGAAUAGGAAAUAUAGCAAAAUGAAUAGGAAAUGUAGUCAUUGACAAGGUUAGAAAUAAUGAUUUUUAAUUUAAAUAAUAAUUGUGUCCUUCAAACUUUGCUUUCGUGAAAGAAUCCUCAAUUUGCAGCAAUUACAACCUUGCAGACCUUUGGCCUUCUAGUUGUCAAUUUGUUGAGGUAAUCUGAAGAGAUUUCACCCCAUGCUUCCUGAAGCACCUCCCACAAGUUGGAUUGGCUUGAUGGGCACUUCUUACGUACGCUCAAGCUGCUCCCACAACAGCUCAAUAGGGUUGAGAUCCAGUGACUGUGCUGGCCACUCCAUUAUAGACAGAAUACCAGCUGACUGCUUCUUCCCUAAAUAGUUAUUGCAUAGUGUGGAGCUGUGCUUUGGGUCAUUGUCCUGUUGUAGGAGGAAAUUGGCUCUAAUCAAGCGCAGUCCACAAGGUAUGGCGUUGCAAAAGGGAGUGGUAGCCUUCCUUCUUCAAGAUCCCUUUUACCCUGUACAAAUCUCCCACUUUACCACCACCAAAGCACCCCCAGACCAUCAACUUACCUCCACCAUGCUUGACAGAUGGCAUCAAGCACUCCUCCAGCAUCUUUUCAUUUGGCCUGCGUCUCACAAAUGUUCUUCUUUGUGAUCCGAACACCUCAAACUUAGAUUCGUCUGUCCAUAACACUUUCUUCCAAUCUUCCUCUGUCCAGUGUCUGUGUUCUUUUGCCCAUCUUAAUAUUUUAUUUUUAUUGGCCAGUCUGAGUUUGCUUUUUCUUUGCAACUCUGCCUAGAAGGUCAGCAUCCCGGAGUCGCCUCUUCACUGUUGACGUUGAGACUGGUGUUUUGCGGGUACUAUUUAAUGAAGCUGCCAGUUGAGGACCUGUGAGGCGUUUCUCAAACUAGACACUCUAAUGUAUUUGUCCUCUUGCACAAUUGUGCACCUGGGCCUCUCACUCCUCUUUCUAUUCUGGUUAGAGGCAGUUUGCACUGUUCUGUGAAGGGAGUAGUACACAGCGUUGUACGAGAUCUUCAGUUUCUUGGCAAUUUCUCGCAUGGAAUAGCCUACAUUUCUCAGAACAUGAAUAGACUGACGAGUUUCAGAAGAAAGUUAUUUGUUUCUGGCCAUUUUGAGCCUUUAAUCGAACCCACAAUUGCUGAUGCUCCAUAUACUCAACUAGUCUCAAGAAGGCCAGUUUUAUUGCUAAUUUAAUCAGCACAACAGUUUUCAGCUGUGCUAACAUAAUUGCAAAAGGGUUUUCUAAUGAUAAAUUAGCCUUUUAAAAUGAUAAACUUGGAUUAGCAAACACAACGUGCCAUUGGAACACAGGACUGAUGGUUGCUGAUAAUGGGCCUCUGUACGCCUAUGUAGAUAUUCCAUUAAAAAUCAGCCGUUUCCAGCUACAAUAGCCAUUUACAACAUUAACAAUGUCUACACUGUAUUUCUGUUCAAUUUGAUGUUAUUUUAAUGGACAAAAAAAACUAUUGAACGGUAGUGUAUAUAGUGCACUACUUUGGACCGUUCUCCCCAGGAUGGGUACCGCCAGAUCAGACU